UUUUUAAGGCAAUACAGCAGUUUUCUAUAAUAGAGUCCUAAAAUUAGGAAAUAAAAGCCAAGGCAUGACUUGUAUUGCUGGUGGUGGGUAGUUUAGCACCCUGAAAACAAGAUUCAUACGUUUCUUUGUGGUCCAGAAUUACCGCUUAGGUUUUCUGGGUUUGGUUUUGUUGACAACCCUUCCCCCCAUACAUCCUCUCUUUUUUUCUGGAAAAAUGGGUUGUAUCUCGUUUAUGGCUUGCACAAAAUUGUUGCAUUCACUCUAUUCUAUGUCGUGAUAUCCCAUUAUUAGAUUUAUGGCUUCUUCCCAGAUUGAGAUUGCUUCGUCUUCACCGUUUGUUUGUGUUCUAAGAGAUCACAAUCGGCAUGAACGAUGUAAUAGAGAGAGCAAUGCCAGGGCUGGGGCUGCUGCUGCUGCUUUUCAGAAGAAUCUUCAAGGAUUGGUUAGAGAAAAUCUCCAUACUUGCAUCUCUGUUUCUUCUGAUUGUGCCUCUAAUGACAAUCCAAGAAAUCAUAUUAAUACCAGUAUUGAUGAUCAUCAUCAAGACUUACGGCGCUUACCCGGUAACCAAGAUAGCAUUGCCAAGAAUGUAAAUGAUUCUUCGACUAGGAGAAGCAAGCAAGCAAGAAUUCUUGACCAAUGGGCCGCUAUGCAGGCUCGACAAAUGGUGUCAACAAUUGAGAGGCAGAGUGAGGAGGCAGGGUUGUUGAUUACAUCUUUGAAGAAAUCAUCUCCGAUGCAACAGAACUCUCUAGACUCUGAAAGUUUUAAUCGCGGGGCCUCUUCUCUCGUUCAGAUAUGGGAGGCAAGGCUACAUCGAUCGGAUGCGUGCCUUAAUAGGUCCCGUAGCCUGAACAAUAGCAGGACAAGCUCUGCAUCUAGCCAGACUGAAACUGCUCUGUUCAGCGCUGAAGAGAGAAUAAGACAAUCUGAUAUAGCCGACUCUACUACAAAAGAGAACAAUAGUAGGACAAGUCCUGCAUCUAGCCAUAUUGAAACUGCAUCAUCCAGAGCUGAAGAGAGAUCAAGACAAUCUGAUAUAGUCGACUCUAGUACAAAAGAGGACACUUUUGUGGAUUGUGGCACGGUGAAGAGUGCACCUUCAUCCAUACAUUUCAGGGAUACAGAUGCAGGAGAGCCCGAUAAAGUUAAGAUUGUUGACAUCAUUAGGAGACUAACAUCUGAUGGAAAUGAUCACGAUCAGAAGUUGAACAGUGCUGGUGAUUGCCUAUCCAGAGAGCGUAGGAAUUCUUCAGGUUCUGAUCGGACAGAGCAGAAAGUCUUGCCACAGGUUGUAAAUCCACCAAAGAUAAGAGGACGACAAGCCUUUAAUGAUUUACUUUUGCAAAUGGAGCAAGAAAGGCAUAGAGAGCUUGGCUGGUUAGGAGAACGCCAAGCUGUUUCAAAAUUUUCUCAACGUGGCCGCAUUCAGUCCUUGCUUCGUCUGAGAUUCCUGCAUCGUAGUAUGGCGUUUGAAGAUCAACAGCGACCGCGAUCAUCUCAAUCAACAACAUCGUGCAAUGGUGACCGUUCACAACAAGGGUCUACCAUCAUGCAUCUCAGGGAGAAAUUUAGUGCAGGAGUGGAGCAAGCCACAACUCUGAGUGACUCUACUACUCCAAGAAGCACUACAGAGAUGGUCAAUAGCAUUGUACAGAGGUAUGCUUCCGUACACAACGAGUUGACUUCAGAUAGUUAUCAGCAAGAAACUUCUACUAGUGAUGAGCAGGAGAGUGAAUCCCAAGUUAAGAAUUUAGCAUCAGCCACACGUGAAGUCAUUGAAAAAGUUCAUGAAGAAACUUAUGCGGUUUCGGAUGUCUCAUGGCAAGGAACAAGCCUGCAGGAUAGUUGUCAGCAAGAAACUUCUACUAGUACUGAGCAGGAGAGUGAACCCCAAGUUGAGAAUUCAGCAUCAGCCACAUCUGAAGUCAACGAAAAAGUUCUUGAAGAAACUUGUGCAGUUUCGGGUAUCACAUGGCAAGGAACACGCCUGCUGAUUCAAAUUUUUGAUCCACCAGAAACUUCUGAAACAACACCACCCUUGAAUGACUGGGAUGAGAAUGAGAUAGGAGAGGAGGGGGUGGAGUAUUUUGAACAAAUCAAUUAUGAUUGGUUUAGUGAUAUAGCUCGCCCUCGAAGUUAUUGGGAAGAUAAAAGAAAAGCACGGUAUGAAGAGAAGCUUGGUACUAGCUCAGACAAUGAUGAGAUAAGGCAACUCCUUGAAAGAGGAACAGUCUCAAAUUUUCUUGCUGGUGACUUACGAGACAGAAUAGACCAAUUGAUGAUGUCUCAUGCACAAAGACAAGCCAGUCAAGAAGAUGAAGAACUAGAAGAGGAUAGUCAGGAGAGAAUGGGACAGCUGAUGUUGUCUUACUUCCAAAGGCACUUACACCCAGCAGGCAAUCAAGAAGAAGAACAAGAGCAUGAACAAGAACAAGAACAAGAACUGGAUGGAAGAAGUGAAGUAGAAGAGACAAUAGAAGAAGAAUGCAUAUCAGAAGAAGGAAGCCCAUCUAGCCAUCAAUAUAUGGAAGCCACUGACUAUUUUGAUCAAUCCUCACCAUCUCAGCAUUCUCCGUAUCCGUUUAGGUCAUGGAAUUACAGUGAUGAUAAUGAAGUAGCUGAUUUUUGUGAACAGGCUCAAACUACACCUUUGCACCUACCUCUUCCACCUCAAGCUUCCAAUCAAGAUAGGCGUUACUCUUCCUCUAAAAGUCAUUCAUCACUUGAAAUGGAAUUCGUGUACGAUUUAAAAGGCCAUAUGGAGCAACUUCAGCGUGAAAUGUCAGAACUCCGAAAAGCAAUUCAGAGCUGCAUGGAAAUGCAAAUGAAUUUGCAGAACUCCUGGAAGGCGCGGGAAGUAUAUCCAGUUCAAGGGAAUGGAAAGAAUUCGCCUGAUAGGAGACCAAACAAACGUAGCUGCUGUAUCUGCUAUGGAAAGCAGGUCGACUCUUUUCUGUAUAGAUGUGGGCAUAUGUGCACCUGUCUCAAAUGCGCCCACGGGCUGCGGCAGGGCAGUGGAAAAUGUCCAAUUUGUCGAGCUCCAAUAUUGGAUGUCGUGCGAGCAUACCUGGAUUCAUAGUGAACUGGUGAACGAGUUCUUGCUCUAGAGGACCGUCUUUUUCAUAUAACUUAACGCAUUUGAUGCUGACUUUGGAAAAAGGCAAAUCUUUUUACUUUGCUUCUUUCACCUCAUUGGAUCAAUAUAACCAUCUAAUCUUUGUAGUCACAAGUAAUAUCUGAUCGAUACUGUCUCUCCUUUUCAAAUUUACGCUGUAAAUGCUUUUGAGUAGUAAAAUUUAACAGUCUCAGUAGGCUGUUGUUUAA